GCGCCCCCCGCCGUGCUCAACGCCGUGUUCGACCCCGCGUUCAACGCCGUGUUCAGCGCCAUGGGGGCCUUGUGCUUGUUGGCGCUGCUGGCCUUGGUGCCGGCGCCGCGGGCCCAGCUGCAGCAGGACAUCGAGGCGAGCCAGUUCCUGCGCGAGUAUGACCGCGAGGCCGCCGCCAUGUGCUUCCGCGUCACCUCGGCGACGUGGGGCUUCAGCACCAACGUGACGGAGAGCAACCGCCGCCGAAUGCUGGAGGAGCAGGCGCUCAACUGGAAGUUCGGGCGCGUGUCCUGGCGCAAGGCGACGUCGCUGUCCUGGGCGCGCAUCCCCGACGCGACUUCGCGCCGCCAGCUGCAGAUCCUCUCGCAGGAGGGCCGCAACGCCCUGGCCGACGACCGCUUCGCGGAGCUGAUGCAGCUCAUCGGGGACAUGAAGGACGUGUACGCGCGCGCCCGCGUGUGCCCCGUGUCCGGCGUGCAGGGCCAGGCCUGCGACUGGCGGCUGGAGCCCGAGCUGAGCCGCGUGCUGGCGCGCUCCAGGGACCCCGGCGAGCUGCAGCGCGCCUGGACGGCCUGGCACGACGCCGUGGGCCCGCCCCUGCGCCCCAAGUUCGUCCGCUACGUGCAGCUCGCCAACGAGGCCGCCAGGCUCAACGGGUUCCGCGACGCCGGCGAGCACAUGCGCUCCCCGUACGACGACCCCGAGCUGGAGUCCGAGGUGACGACGCUGUGGGCGCAGGUGUCGCCGCUGUACCGCCAGCUGCACUCCUACGUGCGCCGCCAGCUGCACCGCCACUACGGCGACCUGGUGCGCGAGGAUGGGCCGCUGCCCGCCCACCUGCUGGGCAACAUGUGGGCGCAGAGCUGGAAGAACAUCGCCGACCUGGUGGUGCCGUUCCCGGACAAGCAGGCCGCCGACGUGACGCCCGAGAUGCUGCGCCAGGGAUACACCCCGCUGAGGAUGUUCCAGACCGCGGAGGAGUUCUUCACGUCGCUGGGGCUGAAGCCCAUGCCCGUCGAGUUCUGGCGGCACUCCGUGCUGGAGCGGCCCGUGGACCGCGAGGCAGUGUGCCGCGCCUCCGCCUGGGACUUCUGCAACCGGAAGGACUACAGGAUAAAACAGUGCACGGAGGUGACCAUGGACGACCUGCUGACCAUCCACCACGAGAUGGCGCACAUCCAGUACUACCUGCACUACGCCGAGCAGCCCUACAUCUUCAGGCGGGGUGCCAACCCGGCGUUCCACGAGGCCGUCGGGGACGCCAUCGGGCUGUCGGUGACCACGCCCAGACAUCUGCAGCGGAUCGGCCUGCUCAACAACAUCACGGACGACUACGAGACCAACAUAAACUACUUGCUGACGGUGGCGUUGGACAAGGUGGUGUACCUGCCUUUCGCCUACGUGGUCGACCAGUGGCGGUGGCGCGUGUUCUCGGAGGGCGUGGAGAACAUGAACGGCCGCUGGUGGGAGCUGCGCAUGCGGCACCAGGGCGUCAUCCCGCCCGUGCCGCGGUCCGAGCGCGACUUCGACCCGGGCGCCAAGUACCACGUGCCCGCCGACACGCCGUACCUGCGCUACUUCGUCAGCCUCGUGCUGCAGUUCCAGAUCCACGAGGCGCUGUGCCGCGCCGCCGGCCACCCCGGCCCCAUGCACACCUGCGACAUCUACCGGUCCAGGGAGGCGGGCCGCCUGCUGGCGGAGGUGCUGUCGCUGGGCGCGUCGCGGCCGUGGCGGGACGUGCUGCGCGUGGCCACGCAGGGCGCCACGGACCGCCUGGACGCGCGGCCGCUGCUGGAGUUCUUCCAGCCGCUGGCGCUGUGGCUGCGCGUGCAGAACCGGGAGCGCGGCGUGGUGGGCUGGACCACCACCAACCAGGACACGGCGCUGUUCGCGCGCUGGGCCCGGCCGCUCGCCGGUUGCUAA